GUUGCUCCCGAACCGACUGAACACAGCGCGGUUCCCGUACACAGAUCCCAAACACUAAACAGGUGGUCAUACACCGCCACACAGCGCCCGCCGCGAUGAAACGGAACGGGUACCGAUUGUAACUUACACUAAACCUCCAAGGUGCUGAACCAAAGAUUAUUAAUGAUCUGGACAACAGAGCACGGGAGCCUGUGAUCCCGAGUUUCCCUUGGAUUUGGGAAGGUCUAAGGAGAGUUGGAAGUAUGAAAGUGACGGUGUGUUUUGGAAGAACUCGGGUCGUCGUUCCUUGCGGAGAUGGCAACAUUAAAGUGCACUGGCUCGUUCAGCAGGCCGCGAUGCGGUACAGGAGAGCGAUCGCUAAGGGUGAAGAGUACUGGGUUCAGGUGUACCGACUGGAACACGGUGAUGGAGGAAUUCUGGACCUGGAUGAUGUUCUGUGUGAUGUGGCUGAUGACAAAGACAGAUUGGUUGCGGUGUUUGACGAACAAGAGCCUCAUGUCGGAGGUGACGGCACCAGUGCGAGUUCCACGGGCACACAGUCACCUGAGCUCUUCUCUGGAGAGCCGUCCACCUCCACCCCACUAUCUGCCUUCCAGCCGUACCUGCCCCACAGUGAGAUAGAGGUCACCACAUCCACGCUUCGAACCAACAUGCCUUUGCAUGUUCGUCGCAGUAGCGACCCGGCAUUGUUGAACCUGACAGCGAUGUCUUUCUCUGAGCCGAACACACAACCUGAAGAACCUUCCAGGAAAAACCCCACACGUUGGUCCACCACUGCUGGCUUCCUGAAACCACGUUUAUCCACCGGCACCAACAGCCUGGAAAGAAAGGGCCGAGGUGUCGACACAUAUCGUAGUCUUCCUCGUGAUGCAGGGCAGUGGUCCAAUCAGAAAGAGUUUCAGCGUGAAAAGGCCCGUUCCUCACUCAGCGCCAAUCAUCCCAUGGUGGACUGCUGGCUGGAGCGACAAGAACAGGAUGAGGAGGAGAACGGCAGGAUAGAGCCUGUAGGACGUGCAGAUACAUGUUUAGAACACAUGGGAGUGAGAUCGUUGGAUGAUAUUGUGAAAUUGGUGGAAGUGUCCAAUGACGGAGGUCCGCUCGGCAUCCACGUGGUGCCCUUCAGCGGACGAGACCGCAGGACGUUGGGUCUGCUGGUGAAGCGAUUGGAGCGUGGAGGAAAGGCUGAUGUCCAAGGUUUGUUUCAGGAGAAUGACUGCAUCAUUCGGAUCAACAACGGAGACCUGCGGAAUGUCCGCUUUGAGCAAGCUCAGAACAUGUUUCGUCAGGCAAUGCGUACUCCCAUCAUCCUGUUCCACGUGGUUCCGUCCACCAUGAGAUCCCAGUAUGAGCAGAUAUCCCAUAAUGAGAACAACCCUAGAGCGAAUAUUGACAUUUCUGGACGUUUCAGCCCAGAUUCCCUCACCAAUGAUCUAGUUGGCAAUGCCGGACUGGAUCACGCCGCUCACCGAUUGGCACAGCACAGGCCACACGCGCCCAAUAACCAUUUGGACACUAGCUCUCCCCUCCAUCAUUCUGCUGGUUCAUCAGGGAAACCUCCAUCAGGUCAUGCCUCCUCUCCCCAAAGAGGCUUAAGCCCCACCCCUACAUCCGGCUUCACUAAGAAGGUUGGGCGGAAACUCGGAAUCCAGCUUAGGAAAGGACCUGAAGGUCUCGGGUUCAGCAUCACAUCAAGAGAUGUCCCUCUUGGAGGCUCCGCCCCUAUUUACGUGAAGAACAUUCUGCCAAGAGGUGCUGCCAUACAGGACGGGCGCCUGAAAGCAGGCGAUAGAUUGCUAGAGGUCAAUGGGGUGGAUCUUAAUGGCCGUGGUCAGGAGGAGGUGGUUUCUCUUCUGAGGGCAACGCCCAUGGGUGGGACUGUGAGUCUUCUGGUACUGAGACAGGAAGAGGCCUUUCUACCCAGAGAGAUGAACACAGAACCAGCGAUGCAGAACACAAGAGAAUGGAAGGUAGAAGAGGAGGAGCUGGUCUUAACCCCAGAUGGGACGCGUGAGUUCCUAACAUUGGAAGUGCCUUUGAAUGAUUCUGGCUCGGCGGGUUUAGGAGUCAGUGUCAAGGGAAACAGAUCAAAGGAGAGCCACGCUGACCUGGGCAUCUUCGUCAAGUCUAUUAUCAAUGGAGGAGCCGCAUGCAAGGAUGGAAGGCUGCGAGUCAAUGAUCAGCUAAUCGCAGUCAAUGGGGAGUCGUUGUUAGGGAAGACAAACCAGGACGCCAUGGAAACGCUGCGCAAGUCCAUGUCAACUGAGGGCAACAAGCGAGGGAUGAUUCAGCUGAUCGUGGCAAGAAGAAUCAACAAACGCCUCGAGGGUGAGAGCCGAUGUAGUCCCCGGGGAUUAGAGCGGACCCUGAGCCCGUCUCCUGACGACCACGAGCGACGGAUCUCACACUCACUAUAUGGAUUUGAGGGGCUUGAUGACAACCUGAGGCCACAAGCCAACACAAAUAACCGUAAAAUGAAUCAUUAUCAGCUCUCGCCGACGGUGAACAUGCCUCAGGAUGACACGAUCAUAAUUGAAGAUGACAGGCCACAUGUUCUCCCCACCCAGUUGUCUGACCAAUCGUCAUCCAGUUCUCAUGAUGACAUGGGUUUUGCUGUGGAGACACCACCGCCGCCACCCUGGGACCAAGAGCUUCCCGACAGCUCUUCCACUGCUAAUGAUGAGGGGGUGUUUCAGAGAGAAGGCUUUGGCAGGCAAAGCAUGUCUGAGAAACGCACCAAGCAGUAUGGAGACGCAAGCCAACUCGACAUCAUCAAGACCCGCAAGUCUAAGAGCAUGGACCUAGUGGCUGAUGAGAUUAACCUCACACAAUGCACAGAGAACCACCCAGGCUCUUCCUCACAUGACGUUGGCCCGUCUCUUGGCCUAAAGAAGUCCAGCUCUCUGGAAAGUUUACAGACUGCUGUCGCAGAGGCAACUCUCAAUGGCGACAUGCCCUUUCACCGGCCGCGGCCACGCAUCAUACGGGGGCGGGGCUGCAACGAGAGCUUCCGAGCCGCAAUUGACAAAUCGUACGACAAGCCAGCCGCCAAUGGAGAUGAAGAGGAGUGCAUGGACACAUUGGAUGAGGACACAGAAGGAAGCUCUCGUUCAGGGCGGGAUUCGGUUUCCACGGUAGCUGAUCUCACUCCGCUUCCCGUCACCGAGCAACAGUUGAUCAAUGGCAACCAGCCUCAAAACGACAAGAAGAAAGAAAAAGGGGGGAAGGACAAAAAGAAGCCAGAGAAAGAAAAGGGUAAAACAAAGAAAGGAAUGCUCAAGGGCCUCGGAGAGAUGUUCAGGUUUGGGAAGUACCGUAAGGACGAGCGUUUGGAUGGUGCAAAGUGGAAACCAGAGGAAACUCAUGCAUCGGACGAGGAGAUGCGCAGAAUGAAACAAGAACAAGAGAGGAUCCAGGCUAAAACGCGAGAGAUUCGCCAGCGUCAGGCCAGAGAGCGAGACUAUGCUGAGAUCGAGGACUUUAGCCGGUCCACCCUGACCUCGCUUCCUCCCGAGGAGCCCCCGUACGCCGGCAUCGGCUCGUUGGAACACGGCGGGUACCAUCGGAUCCACACGCCUCCCGACUCACCGUACACACAUAAACAGAACGGCCGCAAUGGACACCCCUCCACACCAGACAGGCUGACGCCGAGCAACCACGACCGAAUUCAGCGCUUACGCCAGGAGUUCCAGCAGGUCAGGCUGGAAGAGGUGGAGCCAGAUGAUCACCACCGUUCCUACAGCUUGGAGCAGCCCUGGUCGCAGGCUUCAUCUGGCCGUCAUUCGGUGUCUGUGGAGGUGCAGUUACAGAGGCAGGAAGCCAGAGAUGCUUUCACACACGCUCAGAGACAGUACAGCUCUCUGCCACGCCACCCUCGUAAGACGCCCACCCCAGCGACAGAGAGCGAGUGGGAGAGGGCGUGUCCGCCCGGAGACAGUUUCCAGGCAGCUAAGGACAGCGGGCGUUACUCCAGCUACCAGGGACCUCGUUCCGUCCCGCGCACCGUUCCUCGUCAUGGCUGCAGGAAUGGCCUCUCCGUUCCCCCGGGAGCCGGCGGUACUUCGGUGGGUGGAGGCUACAAUGCACGUGUCCUUCUGGAGGCCCAGGAGCUCCUGCGACAGGAGCAGAGACGCAGGGAACAGGAAAUGAAAGGAAGAGGCCCAUCAAUGCGGAUGGACUACGAAUCACAGGAUUCUAAAGGGCCCCACAGACAGGACAUCCCACCGUCUCCUUCCCAGGUUGUCCGACUCAGCCGUAUACACACACCUGAGAAAACGCGCCCGUUUUUAUCGUGAGAAAAUAAGGAAGACACUUUCUCCUGUUUUCAAAGAGGCAAUCGCAAGCAAAGGCUCACCUUCAAACAAUUUUGUGUGCCACUUGUACACAGACUCCCCGAGUGCCUUUUCUUUAUGAUGUCACAGUGGUCCUGCCCAGUCCGACAUUGGCUCAUUGGUGCGUCUAGAGGCAAGAAGUCUCUUGAUUCGCUGUGAAGACCUUCAUGCUCUGACAAUCAGCCUGUUCCUCUCUAGAACCAUGUAGAACUCGCAGUUUGCACAGGUUUUAAUGAAGUUUUGUGAAGUAGAGCUUUUUUAAGAUUUAUCAGAUUAAUUCUUACACAUCAGGUAAAAGUUGUCAGUUAAAUUUGUAUUUGAUGUAGCCAGGGGAGUCGCUAGAUUUGGGAAAAAAGGGACUGAGUACAGGAGACCCAGAAAUCCUAGCGACACCCCUGGAUGUAGUCACAUGUUUGAAGAACUUGACAAAUCUAGGUACAAAAUACAGAGACUCCUGGGAAUCCAGUGAAAAGAGAAAAUCCCAAAAAUGCAAUGGAAAAGAAGAGAGAAAGGAAAUGGGGUCACAGAUAGCAGGUCAUUAAUUGAUGCUCCUCAUUAAAUUUUCAGAGCUCUUUCACACACAGACACAGAACCCACGACCCACUGCUGCCUGCCAGGUGUGUGUGUGUGUGAGUUCCUGUCUCCCAGAUGACCCACACUGAAUUUUUCAUCACACACACCAGCUGCCCCUGUAUUGACAGGCCACAGCACUGUGUGAAAGUUCAGACAAAAAGAUUGUCUUCCCUACUCCCUGAAACAUGUAUAAAUGCACACACACAGAGGCUGUGUUUGAAAUAGCAUACUAGCAUACUACCAUUUCUGUAGUAUGUACACUGUGCACUGUAUGUAUGCAUGUAUGUUUGUAUGUGUGCUGGAUUGCAGAGGCCCUGUGUGUGUGUGUGUGUGUGUGUGUGUGUGUGUGUGUGUGUGUGUGUGUGUGUGUGUGUGUGUGUGUGUGUGUGUGUGUGUGAAAAACCUAGCAAUGUGAUUAUACACAUGGAAUGAAAUAAAAACAUAAAAUGUAUAGCUUGUGUACACACUAGGGGUGUAACAAUAUAUUGUCACAAUAUAUCACAAUACAAAAAUGCAACAAUAUGUAUUGUGUAUAGUUCACCCAAACUGAAAAUUACUGUGUGAGAAAAAUUCAAGUUUACAGAGUUUUAAUGUCAGUACUACAUUGAAGAACUAUAUAUGUGACCCUGGACCACAAAACCAGUCAUAAGUCACACAGGUAUAUUUGUAGCAAUAGCCAACAAUACAUUGUAUGGGUCAAAAUUACAGCUUUUUUCUUUUAUGCCAAAAAUCAUUAGGAUAUUAAGUAAAGAUCAUGUUCCAUGAAGAUAUUUUGAAAAUUUCUUCCCAUAAAUAUAUCAAAAAUGUAAAAUGUUUUGUGAGUGGAUAUGCAUUGCUAAGGACAACUUUAAAGGCGAUUUUCCCAAUUUUUUUUUUUUUGCACCCUCAGACUCCAGAUUUUCAAAUAAUUGUGUAUCGACCAAAUAUUGUCCUGUCCUAACAAAUAAUACAUCAAUGGAAAGCUUAUUUAUUCAGCUUUCAGAUGAUAUAUAAAUUACAUUUUCCAAAAAUUGACCCUUAUGAUAAUGUAAUGGGGGGAAUAUUUGUGGGUGCUGGUAAUGCCAAAUGACUUAUGCACUCAGUGACAGAGUGCAAGCAUAUUCGUCUAAAAUAAUUCAGUAUUUUCAGCUUCAGAAUCGUGAAUAUUUUUAUUCUGGUGUCACCAUUGUCCUGGGCAUUGGGUUACCAGCACCAAGUCCAAGCCUAUUCAUUUCCACCCCCAAUGUAAUACCAAAUUUAGUAUUUUAAUCAAUAGUAAAUUUUUUUGUUAAACCUUAACCAUAUGUCUUUCAGUAUCACAGUAAUAUCGUAUUGUGCUAUGUAUCGAAUCGUGACACGAGGGUAUCGUUACACCCCUAGUAGACACACAUAGUUUUUUUUUUUUUAGUCUCUUUUGCUCACCAAGGCUGCAUUAUUUGAUCUAAAAUACAGCAAAAACAGUAAUAUUAUGAAAUAUUUUUACAAUUUAAAAUAACUAUUUUACUAUUCUAUUUUAAAAUAUAAUUUAUUCCUGUGAUUGCAAUGCUGAAUUUUCAGCACCAUUACUUCAGUGUCACAUGAUCCUUCAGAAAUCAUUCUAAUAUGAUGAUUUGCUGCUCAAGAAACAUUUAUUAUUAUCAAUGUUGAAAACAGUUGUGUACAAUUUUCUUUCAGGAUUCUUUGAUGAAUAGAAAGUUCAAAAGAACAGCAUUUAACUAAAAUAGAAAGCUUUUGUAACAUUAUAAAUGUCUACUGUCACUUUUGAUUCAUUUUUCAAAAAAAAAAAAAAAAAAAAAUCUUACUGACCCCAAACUUUUGAACGGUAGUAUAUACAGAAAUGUUACAAAAGCUUUCUAUUUCAAUUAAAUGCUGUUCUUUUGAACUUUAUUCAUAUAUAUCUCUGUACACAUAUAGCCUAUAUUGAAGCUAUACAUAUUUUUUUAUUUCUUGUGUACAAGUACAUAUGGCCCCCAGUGGGGAAAAAAAAAAAAAUUAUAUAUAUAUAUAUAUAUAUAUAUAUAUAAUCUCAUUUGUUCAGACUACCAAAAUUUGGGACUUUUUUUUUCAGAUUUAAAAUAAUAACUCUGCACAGUAUGCAGUACACUAGUAAUCCAUUUCAAAAACAGCCACACACUCCUCUGGAGCACACUUUAGAUAAAUGAUCAAUAAAGUCAAUCAGUCUAAGUAGAAAGUCAUUAACUACUCGCGUUCUUACAGCCUGUGCCGCAAGCAUCACUUAAGCCCCGCCUCUUUGCAUAUCAGCUCCGCCCCUAACAGCUGCCGAGAUGGUGAAUCUGCAUGAGAGUGAUGCGUUUGGAGUUCUCAGACUAGAACUUUGAGUCUCUGAUAGUUCUGGGCUUUGAAUCAAGAGCUCCCGUUGAGCUGAGACACUCUGAGACUGGAGUGUAAUAGGCUAGGUCAGCGCUCUGUGUGUGUGCGUGUGUGUACUUGCGCGGGGGCAGUGCCAUAUGAGCCAGCCGAUGCUCGUUUGACACAUAACAGUGGGACACAUGGUGCGCAACACACACUACUGCCCAGGCACAGAUGGUUGGGUGCGUUUGGUGUCUGUGUGUGAAAGGAUAUCAAGAUGAUAACAUGAAAAGAGCCUCAGUACGACACGACUAAACAAUCAAGACAAUUAAAUUUUUUUUUUUAUCGUCGUCUUUGUUCCUCUGUAUCCAGUAUGGAAAUUUGCUCCUGAUCUUGCCCUGCUCAUCCUGUUUUGUACAUUCACCCCUUUUUAACCUUUUCAAAUGAACAAAACCUCUUUUGCACCUUUUUAAAUGUCAGAUUUCCAGAUUGUAACCAUUUUAAUGAAGAAGCGUCAAAUAUGUGGCGCCUUUGACACAGAUUCUUUUAUUUAUGUGUGUAUCCUAGGCUAGCAACCAUCUCCAUAUGGUAUUCUAAAGGUCAGAGGUCAUAAGCGGGCAGAGAUAUGGAGUUUCCAAUGGACUCAUGUCUGAUUUUCUGUAUUUUUUUGUGUUAGUUUGUUUACAGGACUCUGUACAGGGUUUUUGCUUUUUGUUUCUGCCUGUGUCUGAUAUUUUGUGUUGUUUAUACGCUGUUCAGAAAUUGGUGAUGUUUAGAAACACAGCAGCUGUUUGGACUGUACAAAACUCUUGUAAAAUAAAGGAAGGGGAUGCUCUUCUGUUUGCCGUA